CUAAGCUGGAGGAGCUCAGAACAUCUCUGAAAGGACUAAACAUGAAGAUGCUUCACUGCAGGAAGGUCUCACAAACCUGUCAGCAAGCAUCAAGACACAACCAGGCUGAGGCCAAACUGGCAGAGGAUCACGUGAAGCGAGAAUUUGAGACCCUUCACCAGUUUCUGAGGCGGGAAGAGGCAGCCAGGCUCCAGGCACUGAGGGGGGAGCAGGAUGAGAAGACGAGGGGGGCAGAGCAACGCAGAGACGAAAUAAAUCAGGUGAUAAAAUCUCUGGAGGAGAAGAUCCAACUGGCUGAGGAGGUGAUUGAUGCAGGAGGGGACGGAGUCAAAUUUCUACAGGACUACAAAGACACUCUGAACAGGUAUUGA